CUCGCCGCCUUUGCCAUUUGCGCGCGCACCGGACGGUCUCAAUUCAGCAACGUCCUUUUCUUCUAUCACGGUCAUUCUCGCAGGGAAAGAGCAAGGAACUUUUGGGGGAGCGCGCGCGUCUAUUCGGAUCUACCUUCCUCAGUAAAAGCGCCAUUAGCUUGGUCGGCUUUCACAUCUUGUCGCCAGUCGUCGCAGCAUUCACAUCAUCGACAAGUAUUGCGAGGGUGAAUAGACCAGCUUCACUCCGACACGCAACUUCAUAUAUACCUCUCCGCGCAACACUACAACCUCUCCCUCCGCUCUACGCGCAUACACACCUCUCAACACACCGUCGCCAUGUUCUUCCUCCACGAAAUGGAACGAGUGGUAAACCUCCACCCCUCCUACUUCGACAAAGACACACACAAAUACAUCACCGACACACUCUACCAAGACGUCGAAGGCACAAACACCGGAAACUUCUACAUCGUCUGUGUGGUGUCCGUGUUGGAUAUCUCCGAACCUCGCGUUCUGCCAGGCUCCGGAUUCGCAGAAUUCACCAUCAUGUUCCAAGCGGUGGUUUGGAGACCUUUCAAGGGUGAGGUCUGUGAUGGUAUGGUGAGCAGUGUGGUUAGCAAUGGCUUCUUUGUUGAUGUGGGGCCGUUGAAUAUUUUUGUUUCGAAAGCUAUGAUUCCCAGCGACAUCAAGUUCGACGGUAAUGCGACGCCGCCGCAAUUCACCGAUAACGCAGAUCAAGUCAUUGAGAGGGGCACUCACAUCCGUGUCAAGAUCAAGGGUAUCAGAGGUGAGGUUGGUCAGAUGUACGCCAUUGCUACCAUCAAGGAGGAUUACCUUGGCCCCCUCCUCGAAACUUGAGAGCCGCCUCACCAGAAUACACCGGCUACGAAACAUCACGAAUCGCAAGAGAAAAACAAACAAGAUGCCAUGCAAUGCAAGGGAGGUGCUAUAGAAGAAGGUCAAAAUGUGUUACACUUCAGGGAUAGGAAAGCUCAAAGGCAGCACUAAAGGUGGCUGUUCAAAGUUCUCCAUUAUAUCAGGUCUUCCAGCAGCGAGCGAGCAAGAAAGACCGAAAGCGAGAGACAAAAGUGGAAGAAGCACAAAAAGACAACGCCUUUGAUAUCCCUUGAUAUAGUAGUAGAAAACACCCCC